AAUCAACAGAGCUGAAGUGUGUUGGUGUUCAGACGUAGGCAGACCGCAGACUCGGGUCAGAUUAAGAAACAUUUAGCCCAUAUUUUAGCUAUAAUAUCGUUCGUGUCGAGUGUGUUGCUUCGGCUGGAGGAAACAGAGCGAAUAAAAAUGAAGUACAUUAUAGGAAUCGGCGGUGUGACCAAUGGUGGUAAAACCACACUAACCAACAGGUUAGUCAAAGCCUUGCCUAACUGUUGCGUGGUACAUCAAGAUGAUUUCUUCAAGCCGCCGGAUCAGAUAGCAGUCGGAGAGGACGGCUUUAAACAGUGGGAUGUGAUAACUUCACUGGAUAUGGAGGCCAUGGUGAACACUGUUAAAGGUUGGAUAGAGAACCCAGUCAAAUUUGCACGAUCCCACGGCAUUCAGGUGACCCCAGCCACAGAAAUCGGGUCCCCUGAGGAUCGGGACCACAUUCUUAUCGUGGAGGGAUUUCUCUUAUACAACUACAAGCCUCUGGUGGACGUGUUCGACAAGUGCUAUUAUAUAACGAUCUCCUACGAAGAGUGCAAGAGGAGAAGAAGUACGAGGCGGUACUCUGUCCCCGAUCCUCCCGGCCUGUUCGACGGUCACGUCUGGCCCAUGUACUUGAAACACAGGGCCGAGAUGUUGGAAAGCCGUUUACCAACCGAAACCCUGGAUGGCUUGAAAUCCAAAGACGAGAUCUACAAUCAGGUGUACGAAGACAUCCACAAUACACUGCUGAAUCGUUUAUAGCAGGAGCAUCCUGACCUGCCGUAACCUUGUAUGUAGAUGUAAAUAGCAUCCACUCAGGAGUCCCUUCUUUUAUUUUCUUUAUUUUUUUGUUUUAAAAAAAAGCUUCUUAAACCAAAUGUAAUUGAUUUGUAAAUAGGAUGAUUGUUAACUUAUAACAUUGGAGAAACAAUUUCAUGUUUUGUUGUUUUUUUUAUGAUAAAUUCAAUUGUUAUUUUCUACUUUUGUAAAAGCCGUUUUGUGAAUCAUUUAGUCGGGUUAUUUCACAUAAGCCUGAUCAAAUAAAUUCCAGAUUGUUACUAUCCACUAAA